AUGGCAUCUCUCAAGUCGUGGUUUCCCAUUCCAAAGUCCAGUCAUUUCUCUCUGGCCAAUCUGCCCUUUGGCAUCAUCUCGACACCAUCCAAACCAACGCCCCGACCAGCUGUGGCCGUUGGUGAUCACUGUUUGGACCUCCAAGAAUUCUCGGCAUCUGGGGCUCUGUCAUCCCUGGGAUUUGAUGUUGCAUGUUUCUCCAAGCCAACGCUCAACGAUUUUGCUGCAUUGGGCAGACCAGUCCAUCGCGCUGUGAGGAAAUAUCUGCAAGUUGUCUUUGCCGAGAACACGUCCAUCCCAGAUGUGUUACAACGCAAUCCCAGCCUGCAGGAGAAGUCUUUGCUGCGACGUGAUCAAGUCACCAUGCACCUGCCUAUGCACAUAGGAGACUACACCGAUUUUUAUGCCGGCAAGAACCACGCCUUUAAUGUGGGCUCUCUAUUUCGCGGACCCGAUAACGCCCUUCAACCGAAUUAUACGCAUUUGCCUGUUGGAUACCACGGUCGAGCAUCAUCGGUCGUUGUUUCGGGGACGCCAAUCACCAGACCCAAUGGUCAAAUUCUGGAGAGCCCGGCAGCAACGCCCAAGGUACCAACCUUCAGUCCCUGCAAACGACUUGAUAUUGAGCUGGAGUUGGGCGCCUUUGUGUGCAAGGGUAAUGCGAUGGGCACCAACAUUCCGAUCUCUGAGGCGGCCGACCACAUCUUCGGCUUUGUUUUGCUGAACGAUUGGUCUGCACGAGACAUCCAAGCUUGGGAAUAUGUUCCAUUGGGACCAUUUCUGGCAAAAAACUUUGGAUCGACCAUCAGCCCCUGGGUCGUGCUGGUCGAUGCGUUGGAGCCGUUCCGAUGCACUGGUAUUCCUAACGAGACGGAGCUAUUACCGUAUUUGCAGGAAAAGGAGGAAAAGAAUGUUUAUGACAUCCGAUUACAGGUGGAUAUCACACCCGACGGAAAACCGCCGACAAACAUCCUCAACUCCAACGGUCGACACCUGCUCUUCUCGUUUCCGCAGAUGCUCGCCCAUCAUACAAUCGGCGGAUGCCCCAUGGCAUUAGGUGACCUGUUGGGGUCCGGCACGAUUAGUGGGUCGGAGCCAGGGACAGAAGGCAGCAUGCUCGAGAUCACCAAGGGCGGAAAGCAAACCAUCCAGCUGAACGGUGGAGUUGAGCGUAAGUUCUUGGAGGAUGGAGACACCAUUACUUUCUACGGAGUAUCCGGCACCGAGGAGUCAGGUCUGGUCGGCUUUGGGGAAUGCUCGGGCAAGAUCCUCCCAGCACCGAAGAUUUGA